AUGCGGGAAGAUCGGGCGGCCGGACGCGGCACCCGAAACCACAAUGUGGUCCGGCAUCGCGGUGCUGCGUGUCACAUCACAGUCUGGGAGGACACCAUGGCAAAACCUGCCGCCGAGCGCGCACCCGCACCAACAGAUGCGGACAACGACCGCAUCUGGCUGAAAUCAUACCCUGACGGCACACCGGCCGAGAUCGGCGCGCUCAGCCACACAUCCAUCGCCGCCCUGUUCGACGAUGCGUUUGCACGCUACGCCGAGCGCCGCGCGUUCUCCUGCAUGGGCAAGGCGAUCAGCUAUGGCGAACUCGACGCCGCCUCGAACGCCUUUGCCGCACACCUGCAGUCGCUGGGACUUCAGAAGGGCGACCGCGUCGCGCUGAUGAUGCCCAACAUAUUGCAGUAUCCGGUGGCCAUGGCCGGCGUGCUGCGCGCGGGCAUGACGGUCGUCAACGUCAACCCGCUCUACACGCCGCGCGAACUGGAGCACCAGCUCAACGACAGCGGCGCCAGGGCGAUCGUGAUCCUGGAAAACUUCGCCAACACGCUGCAGCAGGUGAUCGACGACACCCAGGUCGAGCAUGCCAUCGUCGCCACCAUGGGCGACAUGAUGGGAUUCAAGGGCCAUAUCGUGAAUCUGGUUGUCCGCCACGUCAAGAAGAUGGUGCCAGCCUGGCACAUUGACGGGCACAAAUCGUUCAAGGCGGUUCUGGCAGAGGCAAAGGGCAAGACGCCGAACCGGCCGGAGAUCGGACCUGAGGAUGUCGCCUUCCUGCAAUAUACGGGCGGCACGACCGGCGUCUCCAAGGGCGCCACGCUGACCAAUGCGAACAUUCUGGCCAAUAUCGAGCAGUGUUCGACCUGGCUCGAUGUGGGCUACCGCGCCAAGGGCAAGCCGGACAGCAUCAACUAUGUCUGCGCGCUGCCGCUCUAUCACAUUUUCGCGCUGACGGUGAACGCGUUCGUCGGCAUCAAGGAGGGCGGGCACAACAUCCUGAUCCCCAAUCCGCGCGACAUUCCGGGCUUCGUCAAGGAACUGGGCAAUCACGAAUUUCACUUCUUUCCGGGCUUGAACACGCUGUUCAACGCGCUGUUGAACAAUGACGACUUCCACAAGCUCGACUUCAGCCAUCUGCGCAUGACUUUCGGGGGCGGCAUGGCUGUGCAGAAGCCCGUUGCCGAACGCUGGCGCGAGGUGACCGGCUGCAUGGUCACCGAAGGCUACGGCCUGUCGGAGACCUCGCCGGUUGCCACCGGCAACCGGCUGGACGCGACCGAGUUCACCGGCACGAUCGGCCUGCCGAUGCCGUCGACCGACAUUUCGAUCCGCGACGAUGACGGCAAGCCGCUGCCGCUAGGCGAAGUGGGCGAGAUCUGCAUUCGCGGCCCGCAGGUGAUGGCCGGCUACUGGAACCGGCCCGACGAGACCGAAAAGGUGAUGACCGGGGACGGCUUCUUCCGCUCGGGCGACAUGGGCUUCAUGGAUGAGGGCGGCUACACAAAGAUCGUCGACCGCAAGAAGGACAUGAUCCUGGUCUCGGGCUUCAACGUCUAUCCCAACGAAAUCGAGGAAGUUGCGGCCGGCUGCGAGGGCGUGGUCGAAGCGGCGGCCGUCGGCGUGCCGGACGAGCAUUCGGGCGAAACGGUCAAGCUGUUCGUCGUACGUGCCCAUGACGGCGUCACCGAAAAGGACGUCAAGGAUCACUGCGCGCAGCAUUUGACCAACUACAAGCGGCCCAAGCACAUCGAGUUCCGGGACGAAUUGCCGAAGACCAAUGUCGGCAAGAUCCUGCGCCGCGAACUGCGCUGA